AUGAAUGUCGAUACGAUUCCAGAUUUCCUCGCGGAUCAGCGUGAUGCUGCCCCCGCAGACCUACAACAUCUCUUCAUCUCCUUCGAGGAUCUGUGGGAGCGAAAGUUAUGGCAUCAGUUAACGGAUAGCUUAAUAGAGCUGUUCCAGAACCCAGCAAGCGCCAGCCAACGGCUACCCUUUUACAAGACAUUCAUCCUCACAUUCGCAGACAAGAUCAACCAGCUAAAGCUUGUCACUCUUGCUUUGAGUGCAGCAUCACAAUGCAGAGAUGGUCAUGAGCGCCUGUCCUUCCUGGAGUCAGUGGCCAAGAAAGUCGACAACCCCAAUUCCCAAGACGCCUACGUCUACGCAACUGUGGCUGUAGCAACUGUAAAGCUAGAAUUGAAGGAUUUGGAAGGCACAAGGAAAGACCUAGACAAGUCGGAGAAGAUCUUGGAUCAUUUCGAUUCUGUCGAAACCAUCGUGCAUGCUGCUUUCUACCGGGUCAACGCAGAAUAUUACCAGUCCAAGCUUGACUUUGCCUCCUAUUAUCGGAACGCCCUGCUUUACCUUGCCUGCAUCGAUUUGGCCGACCUGACACCCGCUGAACGUCGAAGCCGAGCCUACGACCUUAGCAUAGCAGCUUUGGUCUCGGAUACGAUCUACAACUUUGGAGAGCUUUUAUUACAUCCCAUCCUCAAUUCUCUGGUGGUCGAGGAUGCUUGGCUACGUGAUCUGCUUUUUGCGUUCAACCGUGGAGACUUAACUGCGUAUGAUGUUUCGGCUGGCCAUAUUUCCUCAAACACACUGCUUGCGGAGCAUCGUGAUGGCUUGCGACAAAAGAUCUACCUUGCUGCCUUGACGGAAGCCGUAUUCCGCAGACCACCCCACGACCGCACAAUGUCCUUCCGCACAAUCGCCGAAGAAACCAAAGUCAGGCCCGACGAGAUAGAGCAUUUGAUUAUGAAGGCGUUGAGCUUGGGGCUUCUCAGAGGCAGUAUCGACCAAGUGGACGAGAUUGCACGGAUCAACUGGGUGCAACCAAAGGUGUUGGAUAUGGGCCAGAUCGACAACAUGCGCUUAAGGCUACAAGAAUGGGACUCAAGCGUCAACUCGCUAGGUAACUGGAUCGAGUCGAAGGGUCAGGAUGUUUGGGCGGCAUAA